GACGCUAUAGGGACUAGUCAAGGAGCCGGGUCUUUUCAGCCAACUCAGCUCAUGGAGUUCACGGGCACUGGAGAUGAUCUGUGAGAGACAGAGAGAGAGAGAGAAAGACAUUGCGUGUGAGACAGCGUGGGAGCGAGGAGGCGUGGUUUAAAGGCAAGUCAGGUGCUCUGAGAGACAGGUCUAGUGGUGGAAGGAUUACCUGACUGAUUCCGCACAGUAACCAGGCAGAGAGCAUGAGCCCUUACUGCUAGGAGGUUUAAACAGAUGCUGAUCGAGAGACAGGAGGGGUGGAUGUGGAUCCGCUCCCAUGCUCGUGCUGCCAUCCUUGUGCUUCUGCUGGUCCUGCUGGGAUGAGCAGAUCUAUUCUCUGAGGUAUGAUGGUUGGGAAGCAGUGGAGGUCGGUGUGUAAAGGUCUGGUUUUGGGUACGCUCCUCACCAGCUGCAUGAUCCUGCUGUACUGCCUUUCGGCUCCUCAGGUGCAGUUCAGUCUGCCAGAAAUUCCAGUGCCUUACUCAUGUGCCCAUGAAGCAUCAUCUGGCCAUUCAACAGACGCUCCAAAAAGCGUCCGUCAAGGCUUGGGACAGAAGCAUCAUUGUACCCCAAAGGUGGACAUCAUGUUCAUGAAAACCCACAAAACGGCAAGCAGCACCAUCCUGAACAUCCUGUUCCGCUUUGGCGAAAAGCAUCGGUUGAAGUUCGCCUUCCCGAGCAGUCGCAAUGACUUCUUCUAUCCCUCGCCGUUCUACCGCUCGCAGGUGAAAGACUACGGGCCUGGGAUGUGUUUCAACAUCAUGUGCAAUCACAUGCGCUUCAAUGAAGCCGAAGUAGCAAAGGUGCUUCCAGUGGACACGACCUACAUCACCAUCCUGAGGGAUCCAGCAGAGCUCUUUGAGUCCUCCUUCCAUUACUUCAGCCGUUUAAUCCCAAGUACCUGGAAGAUUUCCGGAGACAAUAAGAUGGAAGUGUUUCUCAAUGACCCUGAGCUUUACUACGACCCAGAGGGGUUCAAUGCUUUCUACCUCAAGAACUUGCUUUUCUUCGACUUUGGGCAGGAUAAUAAUCUACCACUGGAUGACCCGAGAGUGGAAGAAGGCAUCCGUGCAAUUUCGAAACGAUUCCACUUGGUCAUGAUGGUGGAGCACUUUGAGGAGUCGCUAAUCCUGUUGAAGGACGUCCUCUGCUGGGACAUGGACGACCUUCUGUUCUUCAAGCUCAACGCUCGAAAAGGGUCCACCGUCUCCAAGCUGACCCCCGAGCUCAGAGCCAGGGCCUUGCAGUGGAACGCUAUCGACUGGAAGCUCUACCAGCACUUUAACGCCACCUUCUGGAGGAAAGUGGAGGAGUACGGUCUAAAGCGCAUGGCAGAAGACGUGGCAGAGCUGCGGCGCCGUAACGCGGAGAUGGCGACCAUCUGCAUCGAAGGCGGUCGUGCGGUGGACGCCGGGAGCAUCCAAGAAACUUCCAUGCAGCCGUGGCAACCCAUAGGGGAGAAAUCUAUUAUGGGAUACAAUCUGAAAAAGAAUGUAGACAAAGCACAUCAAAAACUGUGUCGAAAAAUGUUGACGCCAGAGCUGCAGUACCUAACAGACUUAGGCGUCAAUUUGUGGAUCACGAAACUGUGGGGUCAUGUGAGGGACAUCUUUGACUUUUAGAAAUGAAGACUGUAAGAAUAUCAGGUCGUCCUCUGACCUCUAUCUGUACUGUAUGUGUGAAUGUUCAUUCCUGACCUCUGUGAAACAAACUGAAAGCUUGUUAUGCGGGGCGGAGAAGGGAAAAGCGUUUUGAAAGUCAUAUAAGUUGGGAAAAACAGACGUAAUGGUCUUGGGCCUGCAGAUUUUAAUGUCAUUUUCAUCGGUCAGCCUUUUUCCUUUCUUGAUUUUCAUGCAUGCCAUGUUCACACAGUAUAUCGCAUUUCUAAUUGGUGCUUGUGUCAAUCAUGGAAAAAAACAAAUCACUGUCUGCCUGUCUGGAGAGGUUACUCUUUGCAUGCUGCCAAUUGCCGUAUCAGUAAAGUCCUCUCGGUACAAGUUGACUGAAGUAUAUGGAGGCACGGGGAUACAAUGUGUUCCUGUUUUAUUUGUCUUAUCAGCAAAUAUGACAAAUCCUGCUGACCAAAGAGUAACGCUGGUGCAUUAAGUGCGCUAUGUCUUUGUCCAGAAGGAUUUGAAUCAGCUGUUGAAAUGAUGAAAAAAGAGAACAGAUCUUAAAUGUGAGAUUUUUUAAAUAAAAUAAAAACUAAC